GCCAGGAGACAACCAAUCACAACACUUUCCCUCCAAAAGUCGACCGCAGGCAGCUUUUACCUCAGACCUGUCUGCUUUGCUGCCUUUUACCCUCUGCAGAGCCUGGAGGGAACCCCGAACAGACUUAAGAGUUGCUCUGCCCCCUGGAAUUCCAGGUUUUUUCACCCGGAUUUCAAGCAUCACACCCGUAUUACUUAGCCCACCCAGAUUUGCCCGGAUUUCAGCUUUCAUUUUCCUUAAAAAAAAAAAAAAUUAUUGAACCAACAAACUACCAAAGCAUACAUUACGUUGCCAAAGCACAAUUAUAUACAAAGUGGUUGUUUGUACAUGAUAUAUCUACAAAGAUUUACACACAAGGAUUUGGAAACCCACAAGGUUAUGAAGUAUAUGCAGGUAGUACUGUAACUCGGGGGUGAGGGAUUUCAAGGCACAUCAGGUAAUGGUGUGUGUGUGUGUUACGUCUGACGUCCAUUUCCACAAUUUGUCCCAUUGCUGUUUAGAAGAGAUACUCUUGUCUUUUUGCACAUAACCAUACAAACUUUUCCAGAAGAGAUUUACUCUCUCAUCUGCGUGAACCUCUUGGUCGCGUCUUCCCUCCCUAUUCCUAUGCAGGAGCAUUGCAUAAAUGACAUACAGGUUUACUAACCUGAUUACGAGAAGGGGAACGUUCCAGUUCCCUAGUAUGGGGGCACCCGUUCCGUCCCGUUUCCUUGAAGGUUUCUUUCUGGGACCUCGAAAGGAGGUUCUAUUGCUCAAACCCAAGGUUAGUUCUUCCCAAGUCUGUUUUUCCAAAUCAGGCCACUCUAACAGCUCCACACUCUUUUGGCUACCACACACUCUUUUAAGAAAUGUGAGUGGGUUUCCCUGAAUGUUUGCCUAGCUCACUAGCUUUCUGUUUGCAGGUGAUUUUAGGGCACUCUUGCUGGUCCUCUGGGAGCCAUGGCUUAGCCGCAUUAAGUGGUGGUACUUGAUGGUAUAAACGCCACUUCGUUUCCCAUAAAUGGAAAGGGACUUUUUUCUCCUUAAAGAGAGCGAUAGGGUGAUCGGGUUGCAACAAGUACUGUGAAGUGCGGUGUUUGUAGCGUUUACGUUCUAAAUCAGGUUUUAAGAAACCCACUUCUAGAAUCUCUCCAUCAAUUGUUCUCCUUAGCUUCUUAACUGAGGAGGAUCCUUUAAAUAGAUCCGGUUCAACCUUCCAUUUUUAAAGUGUGAAUAACAAAUCUCUCAAGUAGUCCGGGUGUUCUCUUUUUAAUACUUGUAUGAUAUUACCAUUGAAAGAUCCUUUUCCCCACCAUGCUAUGCCCCAUGCUGACUUGCGCCAAUGCAGAGCAAAAAGCGAGACCCAGGUUUUUUGCAGGAGAUUGGACAUAUUAUGGACAUCCAGGAAAAUCCAGUUUCCAAAAUGGUAGGACAUGAAUUCAGUUACAAAAUAGGGUUGCAGGGCAGGUAGGGCUAGGCCUCCCCACUCAACCUCCUUAAAUGUUGCCUCACAGGCCAAAGGGAAGGACGCUGUGUGCCAUACUAGAUGGAAGAUCUGGCUUUCAACUCUCGGAAGGAGAUUGAGCAGGGGAGGAUAGACUACCGCCAGGUUAUGCACCGGGGGGGGGGGUAUCAGGUAAGUCCAGAUGUAGACUGCUUUCUGGUACAUGGCGAAGCUCCAUUUUUUCCACAUGGUGAUUUUAAGCAUUACUUUUCUUCCCAAUCUGUCCAAUUUCCCCCCCAGACUUUUUCCUUAAUCCCAUAUUCAAUCCCCAAAAUGUUUACUGUAUCUACCCACUUCAGUUUGGACUCUGGGGCCCCUUCGCUUUUACAUUCAGAGAUGGGUAGGCACGAGAGUUGCUGGUGUCCGGGGUCCAUUUUAACAAAUACACUUUUGUCAGCAUUUAAUUCUGAGCCCGAGAUCUUGCCAUAUUCCCAGAAGAGGUCUAGUAUUACAGAGAUUUGGCUGAGAGAGAUUCCUGCCUGCAACCUUGGAGAAGCCGCUGCCAGUCUGUGAAGACAAUACUGAACUAGAUGGACCAAGGGUCUGACUCAGUAUAUGGCAACUUCCUGUGUUCCUAUGCUUCCAUGCAGAAGGGUCCAAGUUCCCUCCCUGGCAGCAUCUCCAGAUAGGACUGAGAGAGACUCCUGCUUGCAACCUUGGAGAAGCCGCUGCCAGUCUGUCUGAAAUUCAAAAUGCUGGGCAGAUGCAGCCAGAAGACCUGGUGCUUAAAAUAAUGGCUGGUCUCCCCCUUCCCUCCCCGCCUGCCAGAUUGCCCCAAAUCCCCACCCUCCGCUUCCCCUCAGUAGAUUCCACACCAUCUGUUUGCCCGAUUUAGCAAUCGGCUCGAAGGGGAGAGGAAUCCCGGAUUUUGUCCUCCAUGGAUCAGAAAGCGCAACGUGAGCAGAGCUGCAGUGGAAUCCAAAUGUCCCCCCAAACAUGGUCCAUCUUCCACCCUGAAAAGCCUCAACACCAAGAAUCGGAGGUUGCUGUGAGCUGUACCUGGGCGUAGCUUCGGCUCUGUGUCCAGCUCUUCCUGCAUCCAGAAUUCACCUAGAGCUGUGCAAGCUGGUGACACUUGCGCAAUAGCCUCUCCUGGGACAGCAAGACUGUGCGGAGGGCUCAUCUGGAGGUUGCCAAGACACCCUGCGGUCGGGAGAGCUUCCCUGGGGAGCACAGUAACUUCUGCAGGGUGAAAUGCAAGGGGACCUGGCAGGGAUGCCCCGGCAUCUGAUGCAAUCCCCAGAGGGAGAGGAAGGGGGCGCCCUCUUCACAGACUACAAGCCCCCUUCGCUGGACUCCAUCCGCCUCCCGCGUUAUGUGCUGUACCUGCUGAUGGCCAUCAUUAUCGUGGUGGUGGUCGCCUAUGCCAUCGUGGGCCACCUCAUCAACGACCUGGUCCACGACUUUGCGGACUGGGCUUUUGGCUCCAAAAUAGAAGAGAAGAAAAGGCUCGAAGAGGGAUCUGAUGGGCGUGAGCUCGGGGCCACAGAAGAUGCCCUGAACUGGAGAGCGGAUACCCUCUCCUUGGCGGUGGAGUCUCAAGACUGCCAUGCCCCCCAUGCUCUGCCGGGAAUGGGGGUCUGUUCAGCUUCACCCCUAUCCUUUCAGUACCCUUCCCUCCCCAUUCGGGACUGUGUCAAGGAGAGAUCGGUUUGAGACGUUCCUUCAUCCUGCGGUGGCCUGAAGGGCAAACUUCACAGCAAGGAUCAUCACCCCAAACACAAUGGAUAUGUUGUUCCUAGUCCUGAACUUCCGACAUUAGACCCGGCCCUGAGUGUGACUGGGAAGAGCACGUUUCCAAGUGUCCUUCCUGGCAGCAGCAUCUCCAGAUAAGGCUGAGAGAGACUCCUGACUGCAGCCUUGGAGAUGCCGUUGCCGGUCUGUGAAGACAGUUCUGAGCUAGAUGGACCCAGGGUCUGACUCAGUAUAAAGGCAGCUUCCUGUGUUCCUAUCCGGGUGUUGGAAGCCCAGACCUCCUUGCAAGACCUUAGCUCAGGGACACUGGAAAUGAGAACCCCAAGUACUUGGCAACCACUCAGCUCCUCUCUACUGUAUGUGAAUCAGGAUGCGUGCCAGAACCUCCUGCAAGGGCAUAGCUUCUCUGCGAGCAAAUUUGUAGGCUAGCCAAGAUUCAAGUGUUAAGAUGGUGUCUUUACUGUGAUCCCUAAAAGUCUGUGUUUUGCUACAUCUGGCUUCCAAAGAAAAUCUUAAUAACAAUAAAAGUCUCUGAGGCGAGUCUCACGAUCAGUGAGACUCGCCAGAUGAAGUUAGGCGGAGAAAGUGGGCUUAGCCCGCUCUCCCCGCAGACGAGCACGCUUGCAGCCCUGGGCAGCCGGAUCGGCCGCCCACACGACUGCUGGCUCCGUGACGGAGCUGGUGGGGCCUGUGGGGAUCGGGGGCCACGCAGCCCACGGAAGUUCCAGGAUGCCCCGUGCGAGUGUGCGGGGCUUCCUGGAGAGACCCCUGAGCCCUGGAGGCUGUUUGCAGCCUCCUGGUUGAGAGUCUACUUAUGUGUUGCCGCGGAGCAGAACGCCGAGGUUAACAGAGCACUCGCUCUGUUAACCUUGGCUAAGAGGAGGGAGAUUUUGGCAGUUUGCUGCCAGGAGCUAUGUGGUUCCUGUGGCAGCACACGAGCGCCCAAAAGCGGGCUAGGCUCCCUUAGCCCGCUUUUUGGCGAUCGUGAGAAUCGCCCUAUUGUUGCUGAACUUCCUUUUUCCUAUGGGAGAAAAUUUGUUUAACCCUCUCUCCAUCUUUUGCUACGAGAAGGUUGGCCUACUUAGGCAGUGGGGGAAGGUCCCUCUCUCGCUCACUCUGGCCGUUUUCUUCCGCCUCUCCUGCAUCUGUGACUUUCAAUAUCAAAGAUCAAUGAAACCUUGUUUUUCCUCUUUGAGGAUGUGGGAAAGUGCCGGGCUUUUCUGCGUCAAGUCUGAACAAACUCUUUCAUUUAAAAAAAGUAAUUAAAAAAUGGUUCCUAGGAGCUACUCAUGGGGAACAAUGGGGUUAUUCAAGUUUCCCCGUUGUUCUCUAUGGCUGCGUGAUGGAAUGGAGAGUGAGUGUGUGAGAGUGCGUGUUGCCAUAGUAAUUGGGCAUGAAAUGUUCACGGGGAGGGAUUUAAAUAAGGGACAUUGGAGACAGUUGAUGUUGGAGUAGGAGUGUUGGAGCUGAGGAUUAGGAGUGAGAGUCUGGACAGAGUGUAGCAGAGAUAGGUCUAUGUGAUCUGAACAAGAGAGAUUGUUCAGGGGUUUGUGUGAGACUUGAUUGGUGAAUGGGUGGAGACUGGGGUAGUACUCUAAAAAUGGGGGAGUGUUAAGCCUGAGAAAGAAGCCUUGAAUGUGAAACGUGCCCAGAAGUUAAACCUCCUGGUGACAGACAAGAAAGUCUGAGUUGAUUCACUGAGUCUGCAUACCAAGUUUUAUUUCCCUCUGUCCCAGUUAUAUUUCCUCCCUAAACUUCUUCUACAUUUCCUCCCUUGGAGGAAGAGCAGGAUAUAAAAAAUGUAAAUAACUUUACAUCUUAUCAAGAAGGAAAAAACACUCAGAGUUAAACAGCUGACAUACUUAGCGACUUUGUAGAGAUGUUUAUGUGCCCUGCCUUGCAGAGAUCUUUAUUCCAAUCAGUUGUAAAUAAUAAACUUAUUCCUAUUUUGUUCUACA